GACCUGUACCUGGAGUAAGGAUGGGUAACUCUGAGAGCAAUGAGUCCGCAGCAGUUAAACGGCAAGCUGAGGGGUUAUCUAACCCUAUGUACCAGUUGCUGGAUUUAGGGGGCGGGGGUCUUCUCUACGAUCUAUCGAAGAAAGCUAUGAUCACGAAGAACUACACGGAACUAGACGAAGCAAUCCGAUCUAAGAUUCGUCCGUACCUGUACAAUAAUGGAGACGGAGCGUGGAUUCAUUGUGCGCAUCUUGCUUGUCUUAGAAAUAGGGAUAGACCGAAAUCGAAGAUGUUCGAAGUAAUUCGAAAUCUAGGAGAUGAAGCCUUCUCUUUUAAAUUCGAGGGAAGUGCAUUGCUUGAUAAACUCAUUGGAGGAGCGACUAGAGAAACCAAUCCUGAACAGUUCACAGAACAUUGCUGGAAUGUAGAAAUAAGAGGUGCAGUUGGAGAAACUACAUUCCAUGUUUGUUUCCUUAUGGGCACUCCUAUACACAUGCAUUUAGCAAAACGGUUGUUAAAAUGGUUUCCUAAGCUACUGCAUGAUGUAUACUUGAGCGAGGAAUAUUAUGGAGAGAAUGUUCUUCAUAUGGGCUGCGUAGCUGAGGACGCUUCUUUAGUCAAAUGGUUGUUGGAUGAAGGCUCAGAUAUACACAGGAGAUGUUAUGGAAAUUUCUUCUGUUGUGACGACCAGAAGAUGUCAAGAUCAGAUGCCAUUGACCAUGAGGAGGUCGAUAUAUGCAACCGAACAAACUAUAAAGGAUAUGUGUCCUGGGGAGAAUAUCCAAUGAAUUUUGCAGCAGUUCUUAACCAGGAGGAGAUAUAUAGACUAAUCCUAGCUAGGGUUGGAAAUGUGACUUGCUCCGCCUAUCCUCUAGCAUACUUGGAUACUAUUGACUCCAAGACUGGAGAACUUAAUCCUGUUUCUGCCUUGAACCUGAUUGUUUUCGGACCUAAGAUUGAGCAUCUAGAUCUUAUAGGAACAGAGAAAUCCUCUAAACUUGAUGCAAAACAACUCAAUUCUUAA